AUGAAUUAAAAAUUGUUCUCCCAAGCCUAAGAUGAGUUUUAAACUGAAACCAUUUCUUUCAAUGCCACCUUGCCCAUGAAAAAUGAUCCCAGAACAGAACAAAUCAAUAACAAUACACAAUACAGUCAAUUUGUACCGAAAAAGAGUAGACAAUCUACUUCCAUGGUUUUCUCAAUAUAGGCCCAGGAACAAUUUGAUCUAGAUGAAUUAACCAAGCAACCUUAUUUCAAAGAAGACAAAUCUAAUGCAAAAUUGAGAACGAAAACAAAUUAAGUUCACAACACACCAUCUAUUAAAUAAAUAUAAGUUGAUCCAAAAUUUUAUUCCUAGAAUAAAACUAAAAAGAGAAGAAUUCUAUCAGAUAACUCUGCUCCCUCCAAACCCAUAAUUAAAAUCAGCCAUCCCUUAGUCCUCACUCCUAAUGAAUUUAAAUACACCAAAAGGUCACAAGCAGUCAACUCAGAAUCCUCUGCUAUCACUCGUUCCCAUCAAAAAGCAUCUCAAGCAUAAAAAACAUUAACAAUCGAAGAGAAACUUCAUCGACUUUCAUAAUAAUAAAAGGCCACACUCAACAUUGAAUCUCAAAAACCCAGCUAAUUGGAAUUGAUUAAGGAAGAUCAUACAGAAGUAGAUGAUGAACAAGAAACAUUCUUUUUUAAUACUGGAAAACAAGUUGAGAAGAAUAAAUUUCAUCAUUUCUUAAAAAUUGCUCCAAUUCCCAAAAGAGUAGUCACUUUUAGUUCUGUCAUCAAGAAAGUUGGAGACAUUGAGUUCUGUAUUGGAAUCGAAGGGAAGGAGGAGAUCACUUAUUUUAGGAGAGUCAAAAGUGAGAAGGCCAAACUCUAUAAUCAUUGCAACAUUUAAGUUGAAUGA